AUGGCAGACAGUAUGUUAAAUAUCGAAGACAUGGAAAUCGUCUUGGACGAAGGUACACCACAAGUGGUUUUAGAAGAAUAUUUAGAUGUCACUAUGCUUGAAGAUGAUAUAUUCGACUCGUUGAUUGUUCAUGAGAUUGAAACGCCCACCAUAGAAACUAAAAUUGAAGUACCUACCGGAGAAUCCGAAAUUGAAAAAGUAGCCAUCGUUUAUAAUUUAGAAGGAAACACUAUCCAAAGUCAUGAAGAUUGUUCAGAAGUUAAUUUAACGCUUACUGAUACUAAAAGUACCUUGCAAACAAAGAACACAAAAUCUGAUAACACUGAUGACAAUAAUAUGGUUGUUGAGGGACCUCGUUCAAGACAAAUUGGAAAAAUUCCAAUAGCCUUACGAGGGCUUAUUGGUCAAGCUAAAAUGUUUUUGUUAAAAAAAAAUUAUAACAUGGCUAUUAAAAUUUGUGUAAAUAUUUUAAAAGAAUGCCCAAAUGCAUCCGAACCAUUUUUUACUUUGUCGGAUAUUUAUGAACAAAUGGGAGACACUAAAAAAUGUUUAGAAACUGCUGUAAUUGGUAGCAGUUUAAGUAGUGUAACGUCUGAAGAUUGGGUGAUAUUAGGAGAAACAUGUGAAUCAAAUAAUAUGCUACCAUUAACAGAUUUUUGUUUGACAAAAGCCAUACAGAAAGAUAAACGUAAUUUAGACUUGCAUAUUAAGAGAGCUUCAAUAUUGGAACAACUGGGUACAGCUAAAAGUGCCAUGAACGAAUAUGAUCGUCUGUUGCGCAAGUUACGACCUGAUCAAAAAGAUUCAAUUAUUACUUUAUCUAAAUUACUAGUUCAUAAUUUUGUAAAAGAUAAAAACUAUGACCGUGCGUCAAACAUAUUAAUACAUGUAUUUAGUUUAUUUCCAACUGAAAUACAGCCUGAACAAUUUGUAAAAUGUUUGGAUUAUCUUAUUAUAAAUAAAAAUUAUAAAAAAUGUCUUGAACUCUUGGUUGAACAUUACAAUGUUGAGUUUGCAGCUGAUAUAAAUGAUGAAUCAUCCAUAACAGAUAUCAUAGAAUGUGUAGUCCCCAGUACUACACCAAUAUUGGUACGUGUAAAACUCAUUGAGAUAUUAAUUCAGCUCAAAGCUUUUUCCAUAUUACCGCCAAUUUAUACACCAAUUUUAAAUAUGACUCAAGUUAACCAAUUUCAUUUAAAUAUCGCUGAUGCCCUAUUUAAAUACAAUCAAUUUAAUCAAGCUAUUUCAUUUCUAGAAAAAUUAAUUAAUUCUGAAAAUGAAAUAUUUGAUCAACAAACACUGAAAAUUAAAUAUUCAGAAUGUCUAAAAUCAUUAGGGCUUCUCGAACAAGCUGUUGACAGUUAUAGGAAGCUAUUGAAGGUUAAUCCACAUCAAUUAACAGUUAAAUUUGACUUAUACAUGUCCUUAAGAAAGUUAAACCGAAUAGACGAGAGUCUAGAAGUAUUGUUUCAGGAUGAUAUGGAAAAUAGAGAUUGCAGACUAUUGUACGAAUAUGCUUUAGCAACAUUAAAUAAAGAUGAUAUGUUCGAUAAAUGUUUAAAAGUAGCUAACUUAAUGUUUUCUCGUCACUGUGUACCUGUAUGUUCAUUAAGAGAAGUGAAGUCUAUGAUGGCAAUACAUAAAAUUGAAUCUAGACAUGAUACUUUACUAACAAUAAAACAAGAACUGUAUGGUUAUCGGCAAGAGAAUAUCUUGACCAUUAACCCAAUACCUAGUGCUAACGAAGAAUGGAACCUAAUGCAUAAUAUUUGUUUAAAGUUCAUUGAAAAGAAUCUUUACUAUGAAGGUUUAAAAAUGCUACUCUCUGCUAUGAACUCUGCUGUAUUAGCGCCAUUCAAUCAACAAAUUGUUUUAAAUGCUAUAAAAUUUGCAUUUAAAGUUCGUACUUAUAAACUGAGUUUUAUUUUAUCCAGAUACUUGUUGUUUAAGUAUCCUCAAGCACCUCAAAUUGCCAAUUUAUUUUGUUUCCUUUUAAAUAAAUGUGCAAUCAAAAAACAAGCUAAAUUCAUUUUUCGACUAGCUGCCAAAUACCCAGAUAAUAUUGCCCUGAACUUACUCGAUACUAAUGUGUUUAAUGAUACAUAUAAUUAUCAACUUAAAUUUGCAAGAUAUACCGAACUAUUAAAUAAACUAGAGGAUAAAAGCCAACUCUACUUCAUGUUAGGCGUUCUUAUACUUAGGUUAUGCACAUUUAAGGUCGGUGCAGAUAGACACAGCUUAACACUGCAGGGUAUUGGAUUCCUAAUGAAUUAUAAAGAACAUAGAGGUAUUCAACAUGAACAAGAGUGUUAUUAUAACAUCGCCAGAGCAUAUCAUCAAGUAGGCAUGGCAGCAAAAGCCCUGCACUAUUAUAAAUUAGUUUUGGAAACUAAACCAUUUAGUGAAGAAUAUUGUUUAAAACAUGCCGCUGCGUAUAAUUUGCAUUUAAUUUACAUGAACUCUGGAAAUUUGGCUGUUGCAUUAAUGUAUAUUAAUCUUGUGCAAGUGUGAUUUGUCUUUUU